AGCAUUCUGGGAAGUGUAGUCUGGCCCGGACUCGGACAUCCCUUCGGAUGAAUGGGGCCCCGGCUGACGGCUAACUACAGCUCCUCACCGGCAGCGUUGGUGGCGGCCGCCGGGAAAAGGGAGACAGCGACGGCCCCGGGACAGCAGCACUCCGGGACGGUGGUGAUGUUCAGUGCUGCGGCGAGGCGGCAGCCGGGUUUCCUGGGGUAGCAGUCUAGGCGGGCGCUUCCUCUGCGCGCUCGCUCCCCUUACCCUGCCCCGGCCAUGCGCCCUGCCUUCGCGGUGGGCCUGGUUUUCGCAGGCUGCUGCAGUAACGUGAUCUUCCUAGAGCUCCUGGCCCGGAAGCAUCCAGGAUGCGGGAACAUCGUGACAUUUGCACAAUUUUUAUUUAUCGCUGUGGAAGGCUUCCUCUUUGAAGCUGAUUUGGGAAGGAAGCAUCCAACUAUCCCAAUAAGGUACUACGCUGUAAUGGUGACCAUGUUCUUCACCGUCAGCGUGGUGAACAACUACGCCCUGAAUCUCAACAUUGCCAUGCCCCUGCACAUGAUAUUUCGAUCUGGUUCUCUAAUCGCCAACAUGAUUCUAGGAAUUAUCAUUUUGAAGAAAAGAUACAGUGUAUUCAAAUAUACCUCCAUUGCCCUGGUGUCCGUGGGGAUAUUUAUUUGCACUUUCAUGUCAGCAAAGCAGGUGACUUCCCAGUCGAGCUCGAGUGAGAAUGAUGGAUUCCAGGCAUUUGCAUGGUGGUUGCUAGGUAUCGGGGCGCUGACUUUCGCUCUUCUGAUGUCAGCAAGGAUGGGUAUUUUCCAAGAGACUCUGUACAAACAAUUUGGGAAACACUCCAAGGAGGCUUUGUUUUAUAAUCAUGCCCUUCCACUUCCUGGUUUCAUCUUCCUGGCUUCUGACAUUUAUGACCAUGCAGUUCUAUUCAAUAAUUCUGAAUUAUAUCAGGUUCCAGUCGUUGGUGUGAUAGUGCCCGUCAUGUGGUUCUACCUCCUCAUGAAUGUCAUCACCCAGUACGUGUGCAUCUGGGGCGUCUUCAUCCUGACCACAGAAUGCGCCUCCCUCACCGUUACCCUCGUCGUGACCCUACGCAAGUUUGUGAGCCUCAUCUUUUCCAUCUUGUACUUCCAGAACCCUUUCACUCGGUGGCAUUGGCUGGGCACCUUGUUUGUCUUCAUUGGGACCCUAAUGUACACAGAGGUGUGGAACACCCUGGGAACAACCAAAGGCCAGCCUCACAAGGAGGCCAAGAAGAACUGAGGCCUUCCUGGAGUAGAGAGACCAGAGGCUAGUGAGCCAGGGGCUGGCCACCAUUUCACCUUGGUUAAUGCUGAAUCACCCCCCAUGUGCCAGAGAAUCCUCAGAGGGAUGGACUUCUCAGAUUUCUCAUGCCUAUACAGACCAACAUUUGUGGACCCUGAAUAGGAGCCCCCAACCCUGAAAUAGGAAAAAAGAACAGUUCUCCACUAUUGAACAGCCUUUCCAUUUGUUGUUUCUACCAAAAUUUCAGCACUGUACUUGCUUAUUGAAAUCUGAGUCCCCAGAGCUACUGGUUUUACAUCCACGGUCUUGGACAAGAUUAUCCCUGUCCUGAUGAUUCUCUGCUGUAACAGUCUUUAUCCUUCUGUGGCCUUUCCCCUUAUUCCAUCACCCUGCCACCCACAGCAGCACUUUCAGGCAGAUGCUCCAGGCACCACCACCCCCCACCAACCAGGAACAACCGAGUGGCCGGGUGAACCGAGGCACUGGGAUGCUGGGGCUGGGAUUUCUCCCGUGUGUUGGGAAAGAAGCAGGUGUCCCCGUGCACCCUGGUGACCCUGGGGCAGGACUGGUGGGAAUCCUUUCCCACAUUAUUCCUUUUUUUGUUUCUAUGGAAAAGUCAUAUGCUUUCACACCUUUUGCUUUCUGUACUUAGAACAAACCUGCGGCAUCUCUGUAUGGCACAGCGUUAAUAAGAAAGAAAGGUUGUGUAUGAAUUGGGAAAGAGAGACUUUUUCUGUCUUCUCUGUUUUCUGGUUCAUUAGCCUCGAGCUGAGAUGGUGACGCCAGGAUGGCCCAGGAGAAGCUGGCUGCGGGGGCAGGGGCACCCAGAGAGCACAGACAGGCACUGCGGGUGGGCUCCACGUGGGGGAGGUUAAGCCUUUGAAAUGCUUCUCAACCAGAGAGGGUCAGCUCCGCCAGGCAACCCUGAUAGUUAUGACCAGCCAGGCUAAUGAGUGAACCAAUAUAUUCAGUGGGUGUGGUGUAUCAGUCAGGCCAAAUCACAACUAAAAUGGAAAUUUUUUGGGGGGGGGAUGUCAUCUUAAUGUUCUUGAUGGGUAUGGGAGUGUGUAUGUUUUAUCAUAUGUAUUAAUAGAAACAUGCCCCCCUUUUGCUAAUCAUUUCAAAGGUCUGGUUUUCCUCCCGUGGGAUAACUUUGAGAAAGAAGAACAGUGUCAGGAUGGCACAUGUAGGUGUGUGUGUGCUCUCGUGUGGUUUGUGAUCACUUGGGAGAAGAGGAAAGCGUGACAGUGUUUUUAUUUCCUUCUCCUUCACUCAGUUCGGACCUUCAUUGUCUCACCCAGGUACGUGCUCUGGAGGCCGUCAGACUUACCAGCCCAUCUUUUUGCACACAGACAGAGGCCUCUCCUGCGCUGGGUUCAGGUUGUGUUCUUAUAUCGAGAUUUGGGUCUCAGGGCCUCUUGAGCUCACCCAGGGUGUGGUGUGUUUAUUCUACUAUCUGGAGCUAUUCUCUGAUGGGUCUGCAAUAAGUGUCCUAGAACCACCGGGUUGCUUUGGGGAAGUCACUUAGGCUGCUCGGGUUUUUUGUUACAUAAAAUGUGGAUGCUGUUUCUCCACCGAAGUCACAGGGUUUUCAGAUCAAUUUGUCGUUCUGGACAUUGACAGCUGUCCAGUGCCAGUGAAGGUCUAUACUAAAAGGUGUGGAAUUAGGUGUGAACUUGUUCAUGGACUCAAAAGGUACUGUAGAUUUCCUCAGACUGAUGGUGCUAUAAAUACCAUGUGUUAGAUAUCCUCUUAAAAACAAGAACAACAAAAGCUACUUUUCUUAUUGUUUAAUAGAAGAACCUGUCCCCAGGGGCUAUUUGAUUGCUGCAUAUCUGGAGUCUUGACAGGAUAACUCCUAACAGGAUAGAGCCUUACAUGACGUAGUAUCACUCUUUUUAUGUUGAUGGGAAAUAUUACAAUUUUUAGUUACUGAAACAGUGCUGAUGUACACAGACAGCAUGUAACUGGGUCCACGAGGUUUUAGAUUCUGGCUUUAGAGUGUGUGUGUUCCUCAGUCUGAACACCUCUGCUGGUCUUAUUAAUAGGAGGAUAUGUAUGGACAGAUUAAAGCACUCAUACAGUGAAAUAAGCGCAUGUAAGAACAGAAGGUCUGAGAUGCCCUGGGAAUUGGGUUUUUUCUCUAGUAUUUGGUUAUAAGGAAAUAAAUCUAACAGACACUAGUUAAUACUUUUUUAAACAAUUUAUUCCCUUUGGUUAACUUAUUUUUCAACCCAAGUUGAAAUUGAUCUCAAUCCCUGUUAAAAGAGCAAAUAAACCAUUUUACAGAGGGUCAGACUCAUCCCUAAUUGGAGGAGAAAUGUCUAGUAAACGCCUUUCAUCUUUCUCUGGAUCAAGACCAUGUAAUUUUUGAGCCCCAGAGAUAGAGGGUUUAGUUUGUUUACAAGAGAGAUUGGUGUUUAAGGCAUCCAAAACUCUACCCUUAGAACAAAGAUCAAAUAGCAAAUGACUAGCCAGAAAAUUGUGUGUGUGUGUGUGUGUGUCUGUGUGUGUGUACACCCGUGUACUCACUUCACAGCUUGACCAGAGUCGUGAGGUACCAGGAGAAUAUGGGGGAUACUUGAAUUAUUUUAUUUAAUGUGUACAGAACCUUUACCACAGUUCUAUUGUCAUAUUAUAAAUGCUUUUUCAUUUUCUAUUAGGAAUUUAUUUUUGAUCCUUUCUUUUCUUUUUCAUCCAACUAAAACCAUUAAUGCAUUUGAUAAGUUUCUAUCUAGUUCUAAAGUAUUUAGACACAAUCCAAAUAGUUUUUUCCUUCUUCGUGUCCAGUUAUGCAAAAUGAAUAUGGUACUUUAAUUGGGUCAUUGUGUCAAGUGAAGAAAAACCACGAAAGCUGAGCUGAUCUGUGCCACCCCUACCAAACCCCUUCCAUUCUUCUGGGAAGGUCACCUGAUAAUUUUUAAGGAUUCUAAUAAAUAGCUCGUGGUCAUUCCCUGAGCACGUUUCCUCCCUUCUGCAUAUUUUUUUCACUUCUGAUCCCCCACUUCCAGUUUCUUCAGCAACCUCUGGUCACUCGUGUAGUUUUCUACUGAGCAACACCUAUAAUCUUGUAUCUGUUUAUGCCUCUAUUCUUUGGGGGCCUCUGGGUGUUUCUCUGUGGGUUUUUACAGGGUAUACAUAUCUGUGUAGCAUGUAUCUUGUUAUACAUUGUUACAAGCAUUGAUACUACGGGGGUGUGUCCAUAAGGAUGCGAAUAUCUGGCAGAGUAUGUGAAUGUAUGUGUAGAUGAAUAUGAACGGGAUGUAAUGUAAUGUAAUGUGAAAAUAUUUAUAUGUUCUGUUGUAGCUCAAAGUGGGGCUGAGAAUCCUUACCACGUUCCUGUCUAUAUUUGGAAAGCAGCAGUAUCUGUAUUUUGCUCAUUUUUACCCUGCCUCUAGCUGACUUCUCUCUCAGUGCCAAAUGCCUGUGGUAAGAGGAGGUGGAAAGCAUUAGGUCAGGAGUAAUUGUAAACCAGUGAAUUAGCUCUGGGCUGGUGGACAUGCUCAUUGGUGGACAGCUGGCAUAUGAGACAAUGUAGCAAAGACCUGAGCAUCUCCACAGAUGCACACUUGAGAGGACCCCAACGUAGAGAUCUGAAAUCAAGAUCCUACAAUUUGUUGUAGUUUGUUUCUCUUUGGCUAGGAGUAAAUAGAAUUAUGAGCAUUUUGGUCUCAAUAGCUUUAUUCUGAAAAACGUGCGUGGAAUUUACCUGUGGCAGUUCAGUCUUGGGUUGAAAGAACUGUCAAUAUAGAUAAAAUCCAUUUUUAUUACAGAUGUGUGACCUUUGAAAACGAGUAUAAACAGUGUCAGUAAAAUAACUAGUCAUAAGCAUUGGAAUAUGUUCAGUGUGUGCCAGGCUGGGGUGGGAGACUCUGUAGUGUGCUCUCUCUUUCUAGCAGCUUCCUCACAGUGGACAUUGCAGAGAAGGGAGGGACCAGGGUCUGACUUUUGUCCCAUGAAUAAAUAAACCCUUACCAAGAUCUCUUACUCCCUCAAGUUUCUGAGAAACCUUCUAAUGGUUCCCGAUACCCAUUCCCACUCUUCAUCAGUUGAUUAGCAAGAAAAUAAGACGAAACAGUCCUAAGAUUCUAAGCCAGAGAGGGAAGGAAGGAGUUGUGGGUAUUCGGCUUUUUGUCCUCCAGUUGCCUGGUGGGAGGAGGGCAGAGCAUUACAAAUUUAGCACCUUCCAUCUCUUUGAUGCUCAGUGCCAGCAGCUGCCCUCAGGGUACCAUUAAAGAUGCUUAAAAGUUUUUGGAGUAGGCUGCCUGGGGUGACCCUUACAUCUCCAAAGCUGGUAGAGUUGGUUUGCAUCAGCUGAUGCCUAGAGCUCAUUGUCUUUUUGUCUCCUCAGUAUCAUACUGAGACAUUCCUCUGAGCUUUACCUACUUAAAUCACUAAGAUCUUGCAAAAUGUCCUCAAUUUCAAUCAAGUAAGGCAAGCUAUGAGGGUACCAGAGAUAGGUGAGGGGAAAAGCUUGGUCUACAUUUAGAAGAAAUAAGACCCAUAUUUUUUAAGGGAAAAAUUGUAAUAAUUCUUUGGCACAUUGGAUUAUUUAUAGUUUUUAAGAUGUAAAGAAGACUCCCGUGAACGGAGAGAAGCAGUAGUUAUUCCCCAACGUGAUAAAAAUGUCUUUGUGUAUCACUUGCAAUCACAAAUCAUUUCUGUGUUAAGUUGCUUUCAUUCCAGAAAAUGGCAUCAUCCUCCAAAGAAAAGGGGGAUGAUUUUUAAGUAGGAUUUCGUAACAGAUUAUGUGUUGUGGGGCUGGGGAGGGAUGAUGGGGAUUUGAUUUAUCCAGCCUCCGAGCUCUUCAUUCAUAUUGUGAUUUAAGAACAGAGAUGGGGGAGGAGGGGACUAGACAGCAGCAGAGUAUGUAGAACAGCUAAGACAUUAGUGAGUAUUCAGAUUUUGAGCUGUGUAAAUAUCAGAUGUCGGCUUCCAGUCUUACGAGUUAUUUGAGCAGAGUUGAGGAAAGGGACAUUUUGUGAAUAAAAUGUUUUGCCAAACAAA